AUGGAGACGGCGGUGACAGAGGCUGUGGAGCUGGAGCCUGGCGAGCAUCCCCAGGGUCCCUGGAUGCCCUUCGCAGCUGGCUGGAUGCAGCUGAUCCUGUGCCUGCUGGGGGCGAGGGUGCCACGGGUGGAGCAGAGGCUGCAGGAAGCCGGGAGCCCCUCAGAGCUGUGCGCACAGCGGGGCUGCCUGGUGCAGCGGGCAGAGGCCAGUUUGGGGGUCCUGGAGCAGCUUUUCCUGGCAGCCCACAGCUUCGAAGUUGCCCACGACACUCUCCUGGCUGCGCUGUGGCAGGGCGGCUGGAGCCUGAGGGCCAGGAGGGGCCGUGCACAUGUGUGUGACGAGGCUGCCGCACAGAUCAAGGACUUGAAGGUCUUGGAGACAGGCCAGAGGCUGGUGGAGCUGCUCAUGGGGGAUGAAGCUCAGCUGGUGGAGCAGCCACUGCAGCGGCUCCGGGACUGCGUGAGGCUGACCAAGGAUGGUGCUGCCUGUGCCCAGCGGGAGCUGCUUUGUGCCCCAAAGAUGGAGUCUGCUGAGCCCUCCUCCCCAGCAGGCCUGGAGGCCCAGCUCACACUGGCGGAAGCAGCCUCUGAACAUCAAGGACUCAAGAACCAGGAGCAGGGGGAAGCUAGGUGCCAGUGCCAGGUGGAGGUGGGUAGAGCCGUGGGCAGUGGCUGGCUGGCUCUGGAUGAUUUUCUGGUCAAGAAUGACUCGGGCAGAGGCACCAACAGCAUGGAGCAGGCCAGUGUCCCCAAAGCCAUGGCAGCCACGCUGGGAGCCAGCACGCCCCCCAGGCCCCAGGCCAGGAGCAUUGCUGGGGUGUAUGUGGAGGCCUCGGGCAAGGCCCAGAGUGUCUACACUGCCAUGGAGGAGGGCCUCCUGCCUGCUGGGCUCGGGCUGGCUCUGCUAGAGGCCCAGGCAGCCACUGGGGGCCUGGUGGACCCUGCCCAGGGCCAGCUGCUCCCUGUGUCCAAGGCCCUGCAGCAGGGCCUGGUGGGGCUGGAGCUGAAGGAGAAGCUGCUGGCCGCUGAGCGUGCCACUACGGGCUACCCUGACCCCUACGGGGGUGAGAAGCUGGCCCUCUUUCAGGCCAUCGGGAAGGAGGUUGUGGACAGGGCCCUGGGGCAGAGCUGGCUGGAGGUCCAGCUGGCCACUGGGGGCCUGGUGGACCCCGCCCAGGGAGUGCUCGUAGCCCCUGAGCCAGCCUGCCACCAGGGCCUCCUAGACCGGGAGACAUGGCACAAGCUGUCAGAGCUGCAGCCUGGCACAGGUGUCCUGCGCUUCCUCGACCCCAACACGCUGGAGCGGCUGACGUACCACCAGCUGCUGGAAAGGUGUGUGCGGGCCCCCGGCUCGGGGCUCGCCCUGCUGCCCCUCAAGAUCACCUUCCGCUCCAUGGGUGGGGCGGUGAGUGCAGCCGAGCUGCUGGAGGUGGGCAUCCUGGACGAGGAGGCCGUGCAGGGUCUGCGGGAGGGCAGGCUGGCCGCAGUAGACGUGAGUGCACGUGCCGAGGUGCGGCGCUACCUGGAGGGUACCGGCAGCGUGGCCGGGGUUGUCCUGCUGCCCGAAGGCCACAAGAAGAGCUUUUUCCAGGCUGCCACCGAGCACCUGCUCCCAAUGGGCACUGCACUGUCACUCCUGGAGGCCCAGGCUGCCACCCACACCCUAGUGGACCCCAUCACAGGCCAGCGGCUGUGGGUAGACGAGGCAGUCAGGGCGGGCCUGGUCAGCCCAGAGCUCCACGAGCAGCUCCUGGUGGCCGAGCAGGCCGUGACGGGGCACCACGACCCCUUCAGUGGCUCCCAAAUCCCCCUCUUCCAGGCCAUGAAGAAGGGGCUAGUGGACAGGCCACUGGCACUGCGGCUCCUGGAUGCCCAGCUGGCCACAGGCGGGCUAGUCUGUCCGGCACGCAGGCUCCGGCUGCCCCUGGAGGCCGCCCUGCGCUGCGGCUGCCUGGAUGAAGACACUCAGCAGCAGCUCUCGCAGGCUGGCGGCUUCUCAGACGGCAAGCACGGCGGCCUGCGCUAUGAACAGCUGCUGGCCCUCUGUGUCACCGACCCAGAGACCGGGCUCGCCUUCCUGCUACUCUCAGGGGGACCCCGAGGAGGGGAGCCCCAGGGACCCCCAUUCAUCAACUACAGCACUCGGCAGGCCCUGAGUGCAGCCACAGCCACCGUCUCCGUGGGGAAGUUCCGGGGCCGGCCCGUGUCCCUCUGGGAGCUGCUCUUCUCUGAGGCCAUCUCCUCAGAGCAGAGGGCAAUGCUAGCCCAGCAGUACCAGGAAGGGACCCUCUCCAUGGAGAAGCUGGCCGCUGAGGUGAGCGCCACCCUUGAGCAGGCUGCAGCCACCGCCAGGGUCACCUUUUCUGGGCUGAGGAACACUGUGACACCAGGAGAGCUGCUGAAAGCCGAGAUCAUCGACCAGGACCUGUAUGAGCGGCUGGAGCACGGACAGGCCACAGCCCAGGAUGUGGGCAGCCUGGCCUCGGUGCAGAGGUACCUGCAGGGUACGGGCUGCAUUGCUGGCCUGCUGCUCCCCGGCUCCCAGGAACGCCUGAGCAUCUAUGACGCCCGAUGCAAGGGGCUCCUCCGGCCCGGCACUGCCCUCAUCCUUCUGGAGGCACAAGCUGCCACCGGCUUCAUCAUCGACCCAAAAGCAAACAAGGGGCACUCUGUUGAGGAGGCACUGAGGGCUGCUGUCAUUGGGCCUGAUGUGUUCGCGAAGCUGCUGUCGGCUGAGCGCGCCGUCACCGGCUACACUGACCCCUACACCGGGCAGCAGAUCUCCCUCUUCCAGGCCAUGCAGAAGGGCCUCAUCGUCCGGGAGCACGGCAUCCGCCUGCUGGAGGCCCAGAUCGCCACGGGCGGCAUCAUCGACCCCGUGCACAGCCACCGCGUUCCCGUGGACGUGGCCUACCGGCGCGGCUACUUCGAUCAGAUGCUGAACUUGAUCCUGUUGGAUCCUUCUGACGAUACCAAGGGCUUCUUUGACCCCAACACGCACGAGAACCUCACGUACCUGCAGCUUCUGGAGCGCUGCGUGCGUGACCCUGAGACGGGCCUGUACCUCCUGCCACUCAGCAGCACGCAGUCCCCGCUGGUGGACAGUGCCACCCGGCGGGCCUUCCAGAACUUGCUGCUCUCCGUGAAGUAUGGACGGUUUCAGGGGCGGAGGGUCUCUGCAUGGGAGCUGAUCAACUCUGAGUACUUCAGCGAGGGCCGCAGGAGGCAGCUGCUGCGUCGCUACCAGCGGCGCGAGGUCACGCUGGGGCAGGUGGCAAAGCUGCUGGAGGCGGAGACAGAGAGACAGGCAGACAUCAUGCUGCCCGCACUGCGGAGCCGGGUCACCGUCCACCAGCUCCUGGAGGCCGGUAUCAUUGACCAGCAGCUGUUGGACCAAGUGCUGGCCGGGACAGUCAGCCCAGAGGCCCUCCUACUCAUGGACGGCGUCCGCAGGUACCUGUGCGGCCUGGGAGCUGUGGGCGGUGUGCGGCUGCUGCCCUCUGGCCAGCGGCUCAGCCUCUACCAGGCCAUGAGGCAGAAGCUGCUGGGGCCCAGGGUGACCCUGGCCCUGCUGGAGGCCCAGGCAGCCACCGGAACCAUCAUGGACCCUCACAGCCUGGAGAGCCUCUCGGUGGAUGAGGCCGUGCGCAGGGGUGUGGUGGGGCCGGAGCUGUAUGGCAGGCUGAAGCGGGCUGAGGGUGCCAUCACUGGCUUCAGAGACCCCUUCUCUGGGAAGCAGGUGUCUCUGUUCCAGGCCAUGAAGAAAGGUCUCAUCCCUUGGGAGCAAGCUACCCGCCUCCUGGAGGCUCAAGUGGCCACAGGAGGGGUCAUUGACCCCACCAGCCACCACCACCUCCCCAUGCCAGUGGCCAUUCAGCGUGGCUGUGUCGACCAGGAGAUGGAGACAGCCUUGUCCAGCUCCUCCGAGACCUUCCCCACACCAGACGGCCAGGGGCGCACCAGCUAUGCCCAGCUCCUGGAGCAGUGCCCCAGGGAUGAGGCUUCUGGCCUUCACCUCCUGCCCCUGCCAGAAAGUGCUCCUGCCCUCCCCACCGAGGAGCAGGUCCAGAAGAGCCUGCAGGCCGUGCCGGGGGCCGAGGACGGCACAUCCCUCUGGGACCUGCUCAGCUCCUGCCACUUCACCGAGGAGCAACGGAGGGGCCUGCUGGAGGACGUGCAGGAGGGGAGGACCACUGUGCCACAGCUGCUAGCCUCUGUGCAGAGGUGGGUACAGGAGACCAAGCUCCUGGCCCAGGCCCACGUCAUGGUGCCCGGCCCACGGGGUGAGGUACCCGCUGUCUGGCUGCUGGAUGCUGGCAUCAUCACCCAGGAGACCCUUGAGGCCCUGGCUCAGGGCAUGCAGUCGCCCGCCCAGGUCGCUGAGCAGCCGGCAGUGAAGGCCUGCCUGUGGGGCACAGGCUGCGUGGCUGGUGUGCUGCUACAGCCCUCUGGGGCCAAGGCCAGCAUCGCCCAGGCCAUGAGGGAUGGCCUCCUGCCCACAGGCCUGGGCCAGAGGCUGCUGGAAGCCCAGGUGGCAUCUGGCUUCCUUGUUGACCCCCUGAACAACCAGAGACUGUCGGUGGAGGAUGCGGUUAAGGUCGGCCUGGUGGGCAGGGAGCUGAGUGAGCAGCUCGGGCAGGCCAAGAGGGCGGUGGCCGGGUACCCAGAUCCCUACUCCGGGGGCUCCCUCUCUCUGUGGCAGGCCAUGGAGAAGGGGCUCGUGCCACAGAACGAGGGCUUGCCCCUCCUGCAGGUGCAGCUGGCCACGGGGGGUGUGGUGGACCCUGUCCACGGGGUGCACCUGCCCCAGACGGCAGCCUGCAGAUGGGGCCUUCUGGACGCGCAGACGAGCCAGGUGCUGACUGCAGUUGACAAAGACAACAAGUUCUUCUUUGACCCCCGUGCGCGGGACCAGGUGACCUACCAGCAGCUCAGGGAACGCUGCGUGUGCGACGCCGAGACUGGCUUGUUGCUGCUGCCGCUGCCCUCAGACACAGCGCUUGAGGUGGACGACCACACCGCAGUGGCUCUGAGGGCCAUGAAGGUGCCCGUCAGCACAGGGAGGUUUAAGGGGUGUAGCGUGUCGCUCUGGGACCUGCUGCUCUCCGAGUACGUUGGCGCUGACAAGCGGAGGGAGCUGGUGGCACUCUGUCGGUCUGGGAGGGCUGCGGCCCUGCGGCAGGUGGUCAACGCAGUCGCCGCCCUGGUCGAGGCUGCAGAGAGUCAGCCCCUGCAGGCCACCUUCAGAGGGCUCCGGAAGCAGGUGUCAGCCAGGGACCUGUUUAGGGCGCAGCUGAUCAGCAGGAAGACGCUGGACGAGCUGAGCCAGGGGACAACAACUGUGAAGGAGGUGGCGGAGAUGGACAGCGUGAGGCGGUCCCUGGAAGGAGGCAAUUUCAUUGCCGGGGUCCUUAUCCAGGGCACCCAGGAGAGGAUGAGCAUCCCAGAAGCCCUGAGGAGGCACAUCCUGCGGCCUGGCACAGCCCUGGUGCUGCUGGAGGCACAGGCGGCUACCGGCUUCGUCAUCGACCCCGUGGAGAACCGGAAGCUGACCGUGGAGGAGGCAUUCAAAGCAGGAAUGUUCAGCAAAGAAACCUACGUGAAGCUGCUGUCGGCCGAGCGCGCCGUCACCGGCUACACCGACCCCUACACCGGGCAGCAGAUCUCCCUCUUCCAGGCCAUGCAGAAGGGCCUCAUCGUCCGGGAGCACGGCAUCCGCCUGCUGGAGGCCCAGAUCGCCACGGGCGGCAUCAUCGACCCCGUGCACAGCCACCGCGUGCCUGUGGACGUGGCCUACCGGUGCGGCUACUUCGACGAGGAGAUGAACCGCGUCCUGGCGGACCCCAGCGACGACACCAAGGGCUUCUUCGACCCCAACACACAUGAGAACCUCACGUACCUGCAGCUGCUGGAGCGCUGUGUGGAGGACCCCGAGACGGGCCUGUACCUGCUACAAAUCGUAAAGAAAGGAGAAACCUACGUGUACAUCAAUGAGGCCACGAGACACGUGUUGCAAUCCAGAACUGCAAAAAUGCGCGUGGGGAGGUUUGCUGACCGGGUGGUCUCUUUCUGGGACCUGCUGUCCUCUCCAUACUUCACAGAGGACAGGAAGCGGGAGCUCAUCCAGGAGUAUGGAGUCCAGAGUGGGGGCCUGGAGAAAUUGCUGGAAAUCAUCACCACGACAAUUGAAGAAACAGAGACACAAAACCAAGGCAUCAAGGUGGCGGCCAUCAGAGGGGAGGUGACAGCUGCAGAGCUGUUCAACUCCGGGGUCAUCGAUCAGAAGACCCUGCACACACUUCGUGCGGGGAGGACUGGGGGGCAGGCACUCAGCACGCUGGAGUGUGUGAAGCCCUACCUGGAAGGCAGUGGCUGCAUUGCGGGGGUCACGGUGCCCUCUACCAUGGAGGUCAUGAGCCUCCAUGAGGCCAGCAGGAAGGAGCUCAUCCCUGCAGCAUUUGCGACUUGGCUGCUGGAGGCCCAGGCUGCCACUGGGUUCCUCCUGGACCCCUGCACCCGCCAGAGGCUCUCCGUGGAUGAGGCUGCAGAUGUGGGCCUGGUGAGCGAGGAGCUGCGGGAGAGGCUCCUGAAGGCUGAAAGGGCUGCCACGGGCUACAGGGAUCCGGCCACGGGAGACACGAUCCCGCUGUUCCAGGCCAUGCAGAAGCAGCUCCUCGAGAAGGCGGAGGCAUUGAGGCUGCUGGAGGUGCAGGUGGCCACGGGGGGUGUCAUCGACCCAUGGCACCACCACCGGCUCCCACUGGAAACAGCCUAUAGACGUGGCUGUCUGCACAAGGACAUCUAUGCGCUCAUUUCUGACCAGAAGCACAUGAGGAAACGGUUUGUGGACCCGAACACGCAAGAGAAGGUCUCGUACCGAGAGCUACAGGAGAGGUGCCAUCCGCAAGAGGACACUGGCUGGCUGCUCUUCCCAGUGAACAAGGAUGCGCGGGACUCCGAGUACAUCGAUGACGAGACGAGAAGGGCCCUGGAGGCAGAGCAAGUGGAAAUAACAGUGGGAAGGUUCAGAGGCCAGAAGCCAACACUGUGGGCACUGCUGAAUUCCGAAUACGUGACAGAGGAGAAGAAGCUCCAGCUGGUGAGGAUGUACAGAACGGACACAAGACGGGCACUGCAGAAGGUAGCGCAGCUCAUCUUAGAGAUGAUUGAGAAGCAGGAAAACAGCAACAAACACUUGUGGUUCCAAGGAAUUAGACGACAGAUCACGGCCUCUGAACUCCUCAGCUCAGCCAUAAUCACGGAGCAAAUGCUCCAGGACCUGGAAACAGGACGCAGCACGAUGCAAGAGCUCAGGGAGGACGACCGCGUCAAGCGCUACCUGGAGGGCACCAGCUGCAUCGCGGGCGUCCUGGUGCCCGCCAAGGACGAGCCCGGCCGCCAGGAGAAGAUGAGCAUCUACCAGGCCAUGUGGAAGGGCGUGCUGCGGCCCGGCACGGCCCUGGUGCUGCUGGAGGCGCAGGCGGCCACCGGCUUCGUCAUCGACCCCGUGCGCAACCUGAGGCUGUCCGUGGAGGAGGCCGUGGCCGCGGGCGUGGUGGGCGGCGAGAUCCAGGAGAAGCUGCUGUCGGCCGAGCGCGCCGUCACCGGCUACACCGACCCCUACACCGGGCAGCAGAUCUCCCUCUUCCAGGCCAUGCAGAAGGACCUCAUCGUCCGGGAGCACGGCAUCCGCCUGCUGGAGGCCCAGAUCGCCACGGGCGGCGUCAUCGACCCCGUGCACAGCCACCGCGUGCCCGUGGACGUGGCCUACCGGCGCGGCUACUUCGACGAGGAGAUGAACCGCGUCCUGGCGGACCCCAGCGACGACACCAAGGGCUUCUUCGACCCCAACACGCACGAGAACCUCACGUACGUGCAGCUGCUGCGCCGCUGCGUGCGCGACCCGGACACCGGGCUCUACAUGCUGCAGCUGGCAGGCCAGGGCUCCGCCGUGCACCAGCUGAACGAGGAGCUGCGCUGUGCCCUGCGCGACGCCCGCGUGACACCAGGCUCGGGCGCCCUCCAGGGCCAAAGCGUCUCCGUCUGGGAGCUCCUCUUCUACCGCGAGGUGUCCGAGGACCGGCGCCAGGACCUGCUGAGCAGAUACCGGGCGGGCACACUGACCGUGGAGGAGCUGGGCGCCACCCUCACCUCGCUGCUGGCCCAGGCCCAGGCCCAGGCCGGGAGCCCGCGCCCAGACCCCCGGGAGGCCCUGCGUGCGGCCACCAUGGAGGUCAAGGUGGGCCGCCUCCGGGGGCUCGCGGUGCCCGUGUGGGACGUGCUGGCGUCCGGCUACGUGAGCGGGGCCGCCCGGGAGGAGCUGCUGGCCGAGUUUGGCUCAGGGACUCUGGCCUUGCCCGCACUGACCCGCCGGCUGACCGCCAUCAUCCAGGAGGCCGAGGAGGCCCCCGGGGCCCGGCCGCAGCUCCAGGACGCCUCGCGCACCCCGCGGGAGCCAGGGCCAGCCGGGCGAGGGGACGGCGACUCGGGGCGCUCCCCGGGCGAGGGCGAGGGCGAGGGCGAGGCCGAGGAGGCCGCUGCCGCCGCCCGCCGCCAGGAGCAGACCCUGCGUGGUGCCACCAUGGAGGUGCAGCGCGGGCAGUUCCAGGGGCGGCCGGUCUCCAUGUGGGACGUUCUCUUCUCCUCCUACCUGAGCGAGGCCCGCCGAGACGAGCUCCUGGCCCAGCACGCGGCCGGCGCCCUGGGCCUGCCCGACCUCGUCGCCGUCCUCAGCCGGGUCAUCGAGGAGACCGAGGAGCGGCUCAGCAAGGUGUCCUUCCGCGGCCUGAGGCGCCAGGUGUCCGCCUCCGAGCUGCACACGUCCGGCAUCCUGGGCCCCGAGACCCUGCGGGACCUGGCCCAGGGCACUAAGACGCUGCAGGAGGUGACGGAGAUGGACUCAGUCAAGCGCUACCUGGAGGGCACCAGCUGCAUCGCGGGCGUCCUGGUGCCCGCCAAGGACGAGCCCGGCCGCCAGGAGAAGAUGAGCAUCUACCAGGCCAUGUGGAAGGGCGUGCUGCGGCCCGGCACGGCCCUGGUGCUGCUGGAGGCGCAGGCGGCCACCGGCUUCGUCAUCGACCCCGUGCGCAACCUGAGGCUGUCCGUGGAGGAGGCCGUGGCCGCGGGCGUGGUGGGCGGCGAGAUCCAGGAGAAGCUGCUGUCGGCCGAGCGCGCCGUCACCGGCUACACCGACCCCUACACCGGGCAGCAGAUCUCCCUCUUCCAGGCCAUGCAGAAGGACCUCAUCGUCCGGGAGCACGGCAUCCGCCUGCUGGAGGCCCAGAUCGCCACGGGCGGCGUCAUUGACCCCGUGCACAGCCACCGCGUGCCCGUGGACGUGGCCUACCGGCGCGGCUACUUCGACGAGGAGAUGAACCGCGUCCUGGCGGACCCCAGCGAUGACACCAAGGGCUUCUUCGACCCCAACACGCACGAGAACCUCACGUACGUGCAGCUGCUGCGCCGCUGCGUGCGCGACCCGGACACCGGGCUCUACAUGCUGCAGCUGGCAGGCCGGGGCUCCGCCGUGCACCAGCUGAACGAGGAGCUGCGCUGUGCCCUGCGCGACGCCCGCGUGACACCAGGCUCGGGCGCCCUCCAGGGCCAAAGCGUCUCCGUCUGGGAGCUCCUCUUCUACCGCGAGGUGUCCGAGGACCGGCGCCAGGACCUGCUGAGCAGAUACCGGGCGGGCACGCUGACCGUGGAGGAGCUGGGCGCCACCCUCACCUCGCUGCUGGCCCAGGCCCAGGCCCAGGCCGGGAGCCCGCGCCCAGACCCCCGGGAGGCCCUGCGUGCGGCCACCAUGGAGGUCAAGGUGGGCCGCCUCCGGGGGCUCGCGGUGCCCGUGUGGGACGUGCUGGCGUCCGGCUACGUGAGCGGGGCCGCCCGGGAGGAGCUGCUGGCCGAGUUUGGCUCGGGGACUCUGGCCUUGCCCGCACUGACCCGCCGGCUGACCGCCAUCAUCCAGGAGGCCGAGGAGGCCCCCGGGGCCCGGCCGCAGCUCCAGGACGCCUCGCGCACCCCGCGGGAGCCAGGGCCAGCCGGGCGAGGGGACGGCGACUCGGGGCGCUCCCCGGGCGAGGGCGAGGGCGAGGGCGAGGCCGAGGAGGCCGCUGCCGCCGCCCGCCGCCAGGAGCAGACCCUGCGUGGUGCCACCAUGGAGGUGCAGCGCGGGCAGUUCCAGGGGCGGCCGGUCUCCAUGUGGGACGUUCUCUUCUCCUCCUACCUGAGCGAGGCCCGCCGAGACGAGCUCCUGGCCCAGCACGCGGCCGGCGCCCUGGGCCUGCCCGACCUCGUCGCCGUCCUCAGCCGGGUCAUCGAGGAGACCGAGGAGCGGCUCAGCAAGGUGUCCUUCCGCGGCCUGAGGCGCCAGGUGUCCGCCUCCGAGCUGCACACGUCCGGCAUCCUGGGCCCCGAGACCCUGCGGGACCUGGCCCAGGGCACUAAGACGCUGCAGGAGGUGACGGAGAUGGACUCAGUCAAGCGCUACCUGGAGGGCACCAGCUGCAUCGCGGGCGUCCUGGUGCCCGCCAAGGACGAGCCCGGCCGCCAGGAGAAGAUGAGCAUCUACCAGGCCAUGUGGAAGGGCGUGCUGCGGCCCGGCACGGCCCUGGUGCUGCUGGAGGCGCAGGCGGCCACCGGCUUCGUCAUCGACCCCGUGCGCAACCUGAGGCUGUCCGUGGAGGAGGCCGUGGCCGCGGGCGUGGUGGGCGGCGAGAUCCAGGAGAAGCUGCUGUCGGCCGAGCGCGCCGUCACCGGCUACACCGACCCCUACACCGGGCAGCAGAUCUCCCUCUUCCAGGCCAUGCAGAAGGACCUCAUCGUCCGGGAGCACGGCAUCCGCCUGCUGGAGGCCCAGAUCGCCACGGGCGGCGUCAUCGACCCCGUGCACAGCCACCGCGUGCCCGUGGACGUGGCCUACCGGCGCGGCUACUUCGACGAGGAGAUGAACCGCGUCCUGGCGGACCCCAGCGAUGACACCAAGGGCUUCUUCGACCCCAACACGCACGAGAACCUCACGUACCUGCAGCUGAUGCAGAGGGCCACCCUCGACCCUGAGACGGGGCUCCUAUUUCUUUCUCUCUCUCUACAGUGACUGGGCUUCCUCUGUGCAGUUUUCUGCAACCCUGGAGAAGUUGAGGUAUACUUGUGUGUCUGUAUUUUUUUUUCCUCAUUCUUUAAUUUUGUUGUUUUACCCAUUCGUUAUCUGUGGAAAAUGUUUUAAGUUGUCAUGUGACAGUAACUUUUUCUUUGUCCAUCAAGGUGUUUCAUAAUUUUUUUUGGUGUCUUUUCUGGGUCCUCUAGGUUUCAUAUGGUUUUACUUUUCACUCCUUUUUCGUUUUCAGAACAUUUUUCUGUCCGUUUUGGAUUCACUGCUUCUGUUUUACGAAACGUCACUCUUUAGACUCUCAGUCCAUCAUGCCAUCAGGUACUGUUGUUGCAGUGUAAUUUUUAUUACAUGCAGUUAUUUCCCUAAUGAUGUGCUAUUCAUGUUCAUCGUCAAAGUCAUUUUCCAUCAGCUAAUGUCUACUAUUUAUUGCUCUGGCUGAGUUUCGGUCCUCCUCCCCGGCCUUUCCCUCACUGCUGCGUGGGCCAAAAGCACGGGCUUUAUUCUCUCCAUCGGUUGCUGGUCCACCUUAGAGGUGUGACCUCGCCAGCACUGACUGAGCGAGUCUGUUGUGGAGAAGUACCUUUGGUAGUAAUUUACUAGGAAAAAUUCUGAACAAAUAAAAUAUGAAGGAAACUCUU